GUUUGGUUUGGUUCAAAGAGAAAGGUUGAGCGUUUAAUAAUGCAAGCCUUUUAUUUUCCAAUUUGCUUCAACAUAGGGCAAAGACAUCUAGAUUAACAUAAAUGUGUAGAAAACGACCCCGCCGCCCAAAGCCCGGCGGUGUGGUGGGCUGUGGACCGGUUCAACCACCCAAUACUUAAUACACCCGGUGGUCACGUCACCUCUCACCUCACCUUUUCUUUUGUUUUUACUCCCCUGCGCAUUUUAAGCUCGGCGCACUUUAGCCCUCUCCACCACCUCACCGCUAGAUCCCCAAUUCAGCCGCAUGCCUCUCUCUCCACCUUUAUCAUUCCACCCUAUCCUAUCCCCCUUUUUUCAUCAUACCCCCUCCCCCCACCACCGUAGCAAACCACCGUAACAACCACCAUGGAUAUCUCAAAUUCACCAUCUUCUGAACCCACGCUCGCCCUCCCACCACCGGCAACACGCCGCCUACCUCCGCCGUGCUGGUCCCACGACGAGACGGUGGCGUUAAUCGAGGCGUACAGAGAAAAGUGGUAUUCUCUCCGGCGAGGGAACCUACGCGCCACCCACUGGCAGGAGGUGGCUGAUGGUGUCGCCGCUAGGUGUCCGAUGGGUAACCCACCGAAAACAUCGAUUCAAUGCCGGCAUAAGAUGGAGAAACUUAGGAAAAGAUACCGUGCGGAGAUCCAACGGAUUGGGAAUGUUCCGAAUGGGCAUCGGUAUCCGUCGUCUUGGGUGCACUUUAAGAUUAUGGAUUCGAUGGAGUUAGGGUCGUCGUGUUCGGAUCCGGGUAAUCAAGAUGAUGAGGAAGAGGAUAUGGGAGGUGGUGAGGAUGGUGGAGAUGAAUUGAUGUUGUAUCCGAAAGGGAUUAAGCAAGCGAUUGCGAUACCGCUUAAUCGGCGUUAUUCGGGUGUUGGGAGCCCGAAUGGGGUUGGAGGCGGUGGCGGAAAUGGGAAUGGCAUUGGCAACGGAGUUCGGAUUAAGAUCCCGAACUCCGUUGCCAUGCCGCCACCGCAAGCGUCGGUGUCGGCCUAUUAUAAUAAUAGGUCGAACGGGUUAAACGGUUUAAAUGGGUUGAAUGAGGUGAACUCGUUCGACGACUUCCCUCCCUCAAUGAACCCAGGUUAUGGGGCGGGGAGGGGUCCGAGGAACGGGUAUACGAAGGAAGGGUUGAAGAGGAAGGAGGAGGAUGUGGAGAGAUGUGAUGGGAAUAAUAAUGUGAUGGAUGCGAUGGUGAGUGCGGUUUUGAAAUUAGGGGAUGGGUUUGUGAAAAUGGAGAGGAUGAAGAUGGAUAUGGCGAGGGAGCUUGAGUCGAUGCGGAUGAAGAUGGAGAUGAAGCGGACGGAGAUGAUACUUGAGUCGCAGCAGAAGCUUGUGGAUUCGUUUUCGAAGACGGUUUUGGAGAAGAACAAGAAGGUUAAGAGAAUGCCAACACCAGAAUCAUGAGGUUAAUGGAUUGUUGUUACAAUGGUAUGAGUUAGGUCAGUAAGAACAUGAAUGUUUUGUUGGGAGUUUUGUUCUUUAUGUUAAUAAUUUGGUUUGUUAGUCUAGUCGUGGUUAAAAUUUGAAACCUUGAUGGUUCUUGUGCAAUGGAGAUUGUAGCUUAUGUUGAAGAAAACAGCUCUUGAUCUUGAAAUUUACUGCUGUUUUUCAUCCUA